AUGUCCGAGGUCAAACAAACAUCGACAACGGCUUCGUCGGUCGAUGUCGAAAAGACAGCAAGCGAUCCGUCUAAAGCUGCCGGAAUUGGCUCUAUGAACAAGCACAUAAUUAACAAUGACCCGGAUGAGGCGUUGAAGCUCGUGGCUGGAGAAGCUGUAGUUUUGACCUCGGAGGAUGAGAAGAGGCUAUUGAAGAAGAUUGAUCGUAAUUUGAUGCCUCUGCUUUGCGUCGUCUACGGGUUGAAUUAUUUGGAUAAAACUACUUUAUCGUAUGCCUCAAUCAUGGGGAUUAAAACAGAUAUCAAUCUUAUAGGUCAAGAUUAUUCUUGGAUAGCUUCCAUGUUCUACUUCGGCUAUCUCUUCUGGGAGUGGCCAACAAAUCGUCUUCUCCAGCGGCUGCCGUUGGCGAAAUAUUCCGCCUUCAACGUAAUAAUGUGGGGGCUCGUUCUCUGCUGUAUGGCAGCCGUGAAGAAUUUCGCCGCGGCAAUGACGGUGAGAUUCUUCCUCGGCGCUUUUGAGGCGGCCGUUAGCCCCGGGUUUGCCCUCUUCACGUCCCAGUGGUAUACCAAAAAGGAGCAAGGGACGAGAGUGGCAUGGUGGUUCAGCUUCAACGGCUGGGGUCAAAUCGUGGGAGGCGUUGUAGCUUAUGGCAUUGCUGUCGGCACAGAGGCUCAUCCCAUCUUAAUCAAGUCGUGGCAAUUGGUCUUCCUCGUCACUGGUUUUUUCACGGCCUUCAUGGGCGUCCUGUUCUUAUAUCUUAUGCCAGACAGUCAACUGAACGCCCGGUUCUUGACACAGCAGGAGCGAAUUAUGGCCGUCGAACGUAUCCGCAUCAAUCAACAGGGCGUUGGGAACAAGCAUUUUAAAUGGUAUCAAUGCAAGGAAGCGCUUACAGAUCCUAUGAUCUGGGCGUUCGUGCUUAAUAGUGUCAUUUGCUCGAUCCCUAACGGUGGAAUGUCAAAUUACUUCUCGCAACUUAUCGUUUCAUUUGGGUUCUCGGAGAAUGAAUCCCUUCUUUUAGGGGCACCUGGCGGCGCUAUCCAGGUCAUCACUCUCCUAAUUGCUGGGCAUUUUGGCGAUCGAUUCAAAAACCGCAUUUUAUUUGGUGCUGCCGGCGUCCUACUAUCAGUGUUGGGUCUCUUUCUUAUCCUCCUCCUGCCACUUAGUAACAGUGGCGGGCGGCUUGCGGGUUAUUACCUGUAUCAGUCCUCUUCAACCGGAUUCGUGGCCCUGCUGGGACUUAUCUCGACGAAUGUGGCAGGAUGGACGAAGAAGACCACCGUCGCAGCGAUGUAUCUCACUGCCUACUGUGUAGGUAACAUUAUUGGCCCUCAAGUAUUCCAGACCAACGACGCACCGCAGUACCGCAACGCCAACAUAACGAUCCUCGUAUGCAUGUUUGUAUCGUUCGCUAUUUUGGUUUUUAUCAAUUUCUGGUGUAGGCGUCAGAACAAGAUCAAGGCCGCUAUCCGAGCUAGUCCUGGCUAUACUAAGGUAGAUGGGCAGGAAUUUCUUGAUCUGACGGAUCGGGAGAAUCCUGAGUUCACUUAUAGUUUAUGA